ACUUUAUUCUUGUUUACCCCCUUAAACAUAAUACCGACCAUCAAACUUCAAUAAAGUGUUUUUGUAUUGAAUGAGAUACAAUUAAUCAAGGACUAAGUUAGAAUAAGUCAAAGAUAUGUCUUAAGAAAGAUUAUGCUGGAUUUUGAGGUUUGUUCUUACUAAUUUGCCAAUUUUGUAAUAAGACCACUCGAAAUACCCUUUAAUUUGCACAAGCAAUAAGGGUUAGAAGGGCCUGUAAUGAUUUUCCGGGGACCUUCUCCAAUGCUCUAGUCAUCAAGUAUCCUAAGUAUUUGUCUAAUAAACCCUUGACCAAGUGCAUAGUGGCUCUUAACUUGGAGAGUUAAUAUUAAGGCUUGUUUGUGGCAUGAAGCCUAUGUAAUAUUAACAAACUCUUAUUUGUCUUGUAGAGCAAAUGUUCAUCAAUGUCAAAUUGAUUGAAGAAUGUUCUAAUGCUAUCAUUCUCAAUAAAUAUUGUUUGAAGAUCAAUAAAUGUUUGAGAAUAAAAUGCUUAAACUAUUGAAUAAUAAAUACCUAGAAAAUGGUGUAGUGAUGGAGUAUUUAUAUCUCAUCAUUGGGGAUUCUUAGAAAUGUCUUAAAUGUUCUUCUAAAGAGGUCGUUCUCAAUUUCAAGACACUUUUCUUGUAGAGUCAGCUACAAACCUUGACGUGACGGCUUCUCAUUGGAUUCAUGGUGGUGCAUUAAAUGUUGUAAAUAACCUUUCUCUCUUUCAAGGACUGACGUGUGUUGUUAUCAGUAAACAUAGCCUCAUGUCAAUACUACAUGAGUGAUCUAUUAACUGUAUAUGUACUCAUUGAACGCUCUAUAAUUUAUGCACUGUCAAUGAAAAGUAGCCCUUUUAGGCUAGUGAAAUCUAUGCACAUUCUCCACUUUUCUGGUUGAGCUUUUUUGACAAGGACCACAUUAGCCAGACAGUCUGGGUACAUAAAUGGUUCAAUGAACCCAGUAUCAAGCUGCUUUUGUAUCUCAUCCUAAAUGAUGUUAUCUUUUUCAGCCCCAAAAUUUCUCUUAUUCUAUUUUAUAGGCUGCAUCCCUUGUAACAUAUUCAACUUGUAAAUGAUAGUUGCAGGCUCAAUGCUUUAGCAUAUCAAUUGAGUAUGAAAAAGGUAUGCACUUUUCAGGAUCUAGCUCCUUCCCAAUCUUUACAGUUUUUUAUGAUCCUUCAUCCUAGAUCACUUCUUUUACAUUUUGUUCAUCCACCUCCAUUUGAGGGGAGUUAGGUUUUUGUGUCCUCCUCCUUUGUGGGCCUAGGAUCGAGCUCAACUGGUGUUUUCUUUCUAUGACCAGAGCUGGAGGGUUUGGUUUUUGUUUUCUUGGAUGGCCUCCUGAUUUCUUCUUUUGUAACAGAUAAUUUAGAAGGCUCGUUCUGCGAUCUGGAUCCUACAUUAACUUUGUUGAUCAUAUUACAAGACAUGGCCAUCCUUUGGUUCUCUCUCGCUCUCUCUCCCAACCCUGUCUGUAACAGGCUUAAAUUUCUUAAUCUUAAUCUUCCGAUUAAUUAUUCCGAAUUUUUUUUUAAUUCUAAUUCCUAAUUCUUUGGUUAUCUAAUUUAAAUCACCUUUAAUUCCUAAACUUUUUCGAUUUUGUAAUUUCUUAAAAUGGAAAAAGGGGACUUUGGAUGAAAAUACUUGGGUGAAAUAAUUGAAAUCAGUAAAAUUCAAAAGCAGUACAACUCACGAAGGAUUGGGUGAAGAGGAAAAGUUCAGAAAGUUUGAAGAUGGGCAACAGGAAAAUGAAGGGAAGAGAGAUAAAGAAAAUGAAAAGUUGCCUCAAAUAGCCUUAUAUGUGGAAGCUACUACCUUACCCACUAAAAAAACCUAGAAUUUUUGAAAUUGUUGAGUGAAAAAAAAAAAUAAUAAUUAAAUAAACGAAUUUUUAAAAAAAUCCCAAAAGUAAGUGUCCAAACCCCAAAGCUGUGCUUUAGAGCUGUUCGUAGUUACUAACUGCGAACAGCAUAUAAGACAAACUAGUUGUUCGCAGUUAGUAACUGAAACAGCUAUUUUGUCUUAUAUGCUGUUCGCAGUUACUAACUGCGAACAGACCUGAUCUACAAAAUCAGAUCAGUUUCUGUUUUUCGCAAAAUCUCAUUUCUCAAACCCUACUUCACUCGACAUUUCCACCUUCUCCCUCUAAAACCAUUGAUUCAUUUCAUCAAAUCGUACAAUCCUCUUUGAAUUUGGCACUUCAAAAUUAGUGUGGGAUACUAUAGCUUGCACAAAGGUUUCUAGUUGUUAAAUCAAGACUAAUCUUAAUCAUCCAUAAGCGUUGAAGCAGUAGAGGAGAUGGAUCCAGCAGCUCCAGGACCACUAGACCCUAGUGUGUUAACCAUGCAGCAUGAGCACAGGAGUACUCUUCUUUGGGAUGCUGAUGAGGGCACCAUUUGGAGGUACACCAAGGCGUACAUCCUAUAUUUGAUAGGUGUUGUGUUGUUUGCCGAUAAAACAAGCAACCAAAUACAGCUCCUAUACUUAACAUUACUUGACGACCCGUGGGAGCACAUCGCCGAGUAUAGCUGGGGCUCCGCAGCCCUGGGAUACUUGUACAGGAGGCUUUGUGGUGCUGCCCAUAAGAACGUCAAAGAGAUUGCAGGACCACUAGUCAUAUUACAGCUGUGGGCGUGGGAGCAUACUCUUAUCGGCCAACCUUACAGAACCGUUGGUCGUGGUGAUACUGCUCCUCCACCACAACCAGGCCCAAAUAUUGCGUACGGUUUGAGGUGGAAUUUUGCCCGCCGGACGCGCAAGCACACCGGCAGCAGUCUAGGAUUCUACCGAGAUCAAGUAGACCUCCUACGACCCAACCAGUUUUUGUGGGACUCAUACCCAGCGGAAGCCUACGCAGCUGUAUCCGAACACUCGGGGAUUCAUUCCGGAGCGUGGAGGGCUUUUGUGCCACUCAUAUGCUUCGACAUUGUCGAAGUACAUCUACCAGAGUGCGUAAUGCGCCAAUAUGGGUUGGUACAGGGCAUUCCACCGCCUUGUGACACUGAACCCCAGCUGCACCUAAUUUCGCGAAGAAAUCAAGCCGGGGCAAACUGGAUGGAGAUCAACGGGCGCCACAUCGCUCGUUGGGAUCAUAGACUUGAGCUGCUGGCACAAGGUGCGCCGAUCGAUGUUGUCGGUGCACCUACUACACCUGACUAUAUGCCGUGGUUCCUCUCCAUCACGCGCCGAUGGAUGACACCACGUGCCAUCUUGGAAGCAGCACAUUACGCACCUGCUGCGCCUACGAUGACCCAAUUUGCACAAGGUGCGGCAGACGUGAUGCGGUACAGCCAGGAGGAGCCGGUGAGGGAGAUUGCGCAUGGCAUGCUCUUCGGCUCGCAGUUCCAGCACUUCAUACAGGAAGUCGCUGCACAACACUCACCAACUACCUCCCAUACGCACAUGGCAUGCUCUCCUUCUUAUGACUACCAUUUGGAGGAGAUGGAUCAUUCAUAUCUCGUUGACGCUGUGAGGACCUCGCAGGCUGGGCCAUCACAGCCAUCACAGUACCAGUCCCCUCCACUGCCAGAGCGUCACGCGAACGCCUUUUACUAUCGUAGGAGGCGAAGGAGACCAACUCAGUUGGAUAUGGUAGAUGAGGGUUCGUGAGCGUUAACGAUUACCUUUUGUGUAUUUGGAUCGACUAUGUACAUAUAUAUAUAUAUAUUUUAAUUGACUUGUAUAUUUCACACAUUUGUAUAUAUUUUGUUGUAUAUACGUGUUUAAUUACUUUAUC